AUGCAAGCAAGGCAUUCAGCGCCGAGCAAGAACGAAGGUCGGGGAGCCCGACGCGGCGGCAAUGGUCGUGGACGCAGGGCUAACAAUGUCCAGUGGGGACAUCAUGAUGAAGGCAAUGGCUACGAUCGAGUGGCGUUUGCAGUCUCGUUCGAAUGUGGAGUUUCGACGAGCAAGGACGUGUCUGGAAUGUGGGCCGUCGACAGUGGUGCAACGCACCACAUUUGCCACGACAAGACCAAGUUCGCAAGUUUGGCAGAGCGCAAUGAGGGCGAACUCUUGGUGGCUGAUGGCAACAAGGUGGCCAUCAAGGGUGUGGGAACCAUCAUGGAAAAGGUGGUUCUGCCCAACGGUGAAGAGCGUGAGAUCGAAAUCAAGAACGCGCUAUAUGUUCCAAGUAUGAGCAAGAACCUGCUCUCGGUGCCACAGAUUAACAGCCAUGGCAAGUUUCAAGUCGUGUUUGACGGGUCCAAGAUGUAUGUGACUCUCAAGAACUCACAGCAAGUGGUGGCGACAGCGGAUCUCGUGGAUGGACUCUACUGGCUUCCGGACGACUCAACGAUCAGCGAAUUCGAUGUACUUCGCAAGAUGAUCGCGACCAACAUGAUCAAGGAUGUGCGAGUCCCUCUCAAGUCGGGUGGAGCAACUACAUGUCGAGGAUGUCAACAAGGGAAAAUGGUCCAAAAACCAUUUCCAAGCAACCGAGACAAGCGCAGCUACGAUACGUUUGAGCUACUUCAUCUGGACAUCUGCGGGCCCAUGGAAAAGGAUUCGCUCGGUGGCAGCAAAUAUUUGCUGCUGAUCAUCGACGAAGCCAGUGGAUGCAUGAAGGGCUUUUGUCUACGAGUGAAGUCCGAGAGUGAAGACUACAUCCGGAAAUAUAUCACCAUGGUACAGACGCAAUUCUGUAAGAAGGUCAAGUUCGUGCGACACGACGGAGCUCGCGAGUUUGCAACCAACUCGCUUCAACUGUUCUACGAAGACGAAGGCAUUGAACAGCAGACAACGGUGCCGUAUGCACAUCAAACAAACGGAACAGCAGAGCGUGCCAUUAGGACUAUUGUCACGAUCGGCCGCAGCAUGCUUCAUCAUGCCAAACUGGACAAGUGUUUCUGGGCCGAAGCAGCGAUGACGGCCAUCUACGUCAAGAAUCGACUGCCGUCACCUAAAGUUGUGCACAAGAUCCCGUUUGAGAUCGUGUACAACUCCAAGCCAAGUGUCAAGCACAUGCGAGCAUUCGGCUGUCAGACAUUUAUACUGACUCCGAAGGAGAAGCGACUCAAGUGGGAUCCAAAGGCUCGCGCUGGCAUAUUCGUGGGCUACGAAGAAGUGUCGAAGGCGUAUCGAGUUUAUGACAUCGAGGCGGGGCAGGUGGUUAUCAGCCGCGAUGUCAACUUCGACGAGUCCACCUUUGGACUUCAACUGCCGAUCACUGAUGAAGAUGUCGAUGACCUGGACUUCGAAUUGCUGGAUCUUGAUGACGAAGAGCUGCGUCAAAUGGAGUACAAGCAAACAGGCAAGCGCAAGAACCGACUCAAUGAUGAAGAUACAGCAGCUCCACGACCGCGUGCAGUGCGUCAACGACCAGGACUAGAAGAGUCAAGCGCGCCGGAAAACAACUCGUCACGACAAGAAGAAGACGAAGAAACGAAGGAUUCUGGUGAUUCAACACCGCCUGUGUUUUGGCGUGCGAGUGCAAAUGCCGUUGAAGCAGCAGUGGACUUAUCAGAACCCUCAACAUUUGAAGCAGCAGUAAGCGGCCCUGACCAAGUGCACUGGAGAAAAGCAAUUCAUGCAGAGCUCGAGUCAAUGCGACUUCGCGGUGUGUUUCGUGCAGCCAAGCUGCCCAACGGACAACGCGCCAUUGGCACAAAAUGGGUGUUCAAGAUCAAGCGCAAGGCGGAUGGAUCUAUCGAGAAGUACAAGGCACGACUUGUGGCCAAGGGUUUCCGCCAAAAGUAUGGAAUCGACUACACGGAGACGUUUUCGCCCGUGGUCAAGCAUGUGACGCUGCGAAUGGUGAUCGCAAUUUCCAAGCAUUUUGGAUGGCCCAUCGACCAGCUUGAUGUGGUGACAGCUUUCCUGUAUGGCGUCAUGAAGGAACAAGUGUUCUGCGUGAUUCCUGAAGGCGUCGAACUUGACAGUACGUUCGACUGCCUGGAAUUGGUGAAGUCAAUUUACGGCCUCAAGCAAGCGUCGCGAGUGUGGAACGAGACGUUCGACGAGUAUGUGUGCUCCAUCGGAUUUCAAGUAUCGGACUUCGACCCAUGUCUCUACAUCAAGACUUCGGACGGCCAUUGCGUGUUUAUACUGGUCUACGUGGACGACGUCUUGGUGACUGGAAGCUCGCUCGAGCUGAUUGCACAAACCAAGAACGACCUGAAGACGCGGUUCGAAAUGACGGACAGCGGCAAGUGUGCGUUUGUUCUUGGGAUCGAGCUUUUGGACGGUGAAGAUGGCAGUGUGACACUAUGUCAGCGUCGGUAUGUCGAUGAUAUCCUCAAGCGCUUUGGCAUGGAUGAUUGCAAGGCAGUCGCAAGUCCAGUCGACAUGAGCUCUCGACUUGUUUCAAGUGAUGCAACUACCAAGGUCGAUGCUCCUUUUCGCGAAGCUGUUGGUGCGUUGAUGCACCUGACCACUGCAACGCGUCCGGACAUUGCGUUUGCUGUGGGCUAUGUGUCGCGGUUCAUGGAAAAUCCCCAAGAAGAACACUGGGUUGCAGUUAAGCGUAUCUUUCGCUACCUACAAGGCACCAAGACGCAUGGAAUUUGCUACAAGCCAAGUGCAAGGAUCGACUUCCGUGGAUAUUCGGAUGCGGAUUGGGCUGGUGAUCUUACCGACCGCAAGUCAACAUCGGGGUACACGUUCAUGCUACUCGGUGCGCCAGUCAGUUGGGGCAGCAAGAAGCAGCCAAGUGUUUCGUUGUCCACGAGUGAAGCCGAAUACAUCGCACUCAGCUUGUCGAUUCAAGAGGGCAAGUGGAUUCAUCGUCUGCUUUGUGAGAUCGUGAUGGCUGCCAAUGAAGAAGGACCGGAACUCAUGAUCCAUGAAGACAAUCAGUCGUGUAUCAAGAUGACGAAGAACCCAGUCAACCACGGCCGUGCCAAGCACAUUGAUAUCAAGUACCAUCACAUCCGUGAUGAGGUCAAGCGCGGUGAAGUGAAGCUCAAGUACUGUGAAACUGCGGUGAUGUUAGCGGACAUCAUGACGAAGGGACUUCACGGGCCACGCCACAAGGAGAUGACGGCGACUCUCGGGAUUCGUGAGCAUUCGGAUUGA